AUGGCACUUACUGAGCGGGAAACAGCACAAUUGCGAGGAUCACUGCAGGAAGCAGUUGUGAAAUGUUCGGAAAGAUGCUUAUAUCAAUCUGCGAAAUGGGCGGCAGAACUCUUGACAUCUAUACCGACAAAUGAUGAUUCUUUAGAGCCCGAGGACUCGCAGAUGAUAGAAGUACCUUUGGAAGGACUUCCCCCAAUCGUUGUUACUGGCAACCUCGAUCCCGAAGAAGCACAGCUCGAGGCGAGAGAAAUCAACAAGUAUCUACUAGCGAAAUCAUUUUUUGAUUGUCGGGAGUUUGACCGAUGUGCGGCUGUAUUUUUGCCAGACAGAUUGCUCUCCGGAAUUUUGUCAACGACAGCUGGAAGAGGCAGUCAAAAUGGCGCAAACACGAGGUCAAAGGGGAAGGAAAAGGCAUCAACGAGUCGAGUUAGCACAGGAACAAUAUCAAGCCUUCCAAAAUUGAGCCAAAAGAGCUUAUUCCUUGCUUUGUAUGCUAAGUUCAUGUCUGGCGAGAAGAAGAAAGAUGAAGAUAGUGAAAUGGUAAUGGGCCCUCAUGACGGAGGAAAUACAGUGAACAAACAACUGGUCACAAUAAUUCGAAUAUUAGAGGCUUGGUUUCAGGAGCGAAGGACCGAGACUGGAGAGUUUGCUGGUAGUCAAGGAUGGCUCGAAUAUCUCUAUGGAAUGGUUUUGGCCAAGGAUAAGAAUGAGGAUGAGGCAAUGCGCUGGCUAGUCCGAAGUGUUGAGCUGUUCCCCAUGAAUUGGGGAUGUUGGCUGGAAAUGACUUCUCUAAUUUCUAGAGUUGAGGAUGUGAAACAACUUCUUUCCAUCUUUCCAACCAGCCCUUUUCUACUCACCUGCUUAGCUCUUCUAUCCUAUCAUACCAAAGAUUUCGUUACGGCCGACGCUCACUUUAGUCGUCUCCUUGCACUACAUCCUCAUCGAUUAGACUCACUCGACCAUUACUCUAAUAUCCUCUAUGUCAUGAACCUCCGACCCAAAUUAUCGUUUCUUGCACAUCUCUGCUCGAGUGUCGACAAAUUUCGACCCGAAUCAUGUGUUGUGAUAGGGAAUUACUACUCACUAUUAUCGAGCCACGAGAAGGCUGUACAAUAUUUCAGGCGUGCCUUAACUUUAGACCGUUCAUGUCUUAGUGCAUGGACGCUCAUGGGCCACGAAUACGUGGAAUUAAAAAACACCCACGCAGCCAUAGAAUCCUAUCGUCGUGCCGUUGACGUGAAUAGGAGAGAUUACCGAGCCUGGUAUGGACUAGGACAAACUUAUGAAGUACUUGAAAUGCAUGCAUAUGCACUGUGGUACUAUAAACGUGCAGCAGGACUCCGUCCUUGGGAUGGCAAGAUGUGGAUGGCAGUAGGAUCCUGCUUACAGAAGAUGGGACGCGAUUUGGAGGGUAUCAAGGCAUUAAAGCGUGCACUAUUGGCAGACAGCUACUACGAUGCAGGUGUGGGCAGUUCAUUCGGAAGUGGAGGUAGAGAAAAAGGAGGCACUAUGGAUCCAGAAAUCUUAUUACAAAUUGCUGGGAUGUAUGAGAGAUUAGAGGAUGAAAGAGAAGCGCGAGGGUAUAUGGAAUUGUGCGUGGCACAAGAAGAAGGCAAUGAUAAUACAGAUGCAACGGUUAUCAACAUUCAUAAUGAUUCAGCAUCAUCAGAUGAUGAAGGACGUCAGCCAUUGGCACCUACAGGCGAGGGUGGCAAUGGUACGGGAGUUACGGCUGCUACGUCGAAAGCAAGGAUGUGGUUAGCAAAGUUCUCGAUGAGAACUGGUGAUUACAAAAGAGCCAUGCAAUUGGCAACGGAAUUAUGUCAAGAUGGGGUAGAGGUGGAGGACGCAAAGGCCUUAGUUAGAGAGGUCAGAGUCAGACUGGAGGGAUUAGAGUCACCGUGA